AUGAAGAGAGCAUUGGAGCAAGGCAGUCUGCAUUCAACUGAUCAAAAGAACAGCAAAUCAAGUAUCGCAUCCAGUGCCCCUAUCGAAAACCAUGCUGCGGAUGGAGUCAAUUGGACGAAUUUACGACUGAACGACCUGGAAUCAAAUCAUGUCAAUCAGCGCAUACAGUGCUUGUUAGCCAUCGCUAGACAGAUACCCUUAUUUACAGUACAACAACAAAAAGAAAUUAUAGAAAUCAUCAUACAUCGACUAGAAAAAGAGCAAGAUGGCGAUGCCAAAGCAAUGAUGAUUUUGCUUGUCGAAAAAUGCUCUCGAUACCCGAAUGUCAAUACGUUGGCUGUUCUGACUCGUUUGCUGGCAGAGCUCAAUACCGAAUCCACCAAGGUGAAAUGGCAUGUGUAUAAUUGUAUCUAUCAUGUUUCAAAGAAUCGACAAAUCACGCAAGAGGCCAAUAGCGCGACAUUGGUAUCCACAUUAUACGAUCAUCUCACACACGACUUGACCAAUUCGCAUCACAAAGUACGAGCGAUUAGCAUCUCGCUCUUGUCACUAUUGCCCUUUGUCUUUUCCCACCAUGCCACCAUGGCAGAAAUGCAGGUACAGAAGAUUGUCAGCAAUUAUGCUCGAGACAGUGACCCGCGCGUACGGAAAAGUGCACUGGAUGCACUUGUCCAAAUGCACCUAAGAGGAUGUCCACUGGAUCUAGCCAUUUACAACCUGUCCGUUGCUUCAUUGCGAGACGAUUAUGAAGAAGUGCGUAUGGGUGGAUUGAAUUUGAUGGGUGUGUUGAGCUCACUGUAUCCCGAACAUCGCAUGAAAUUAGCGCACGAAGAAGUGAACGAAACAACACGUUUGAUCGAUGAUGCGUUCAACAAGGUGUGUGAUCUUGUCAAUGAUUCAGCAAUCACAGUGAGGACAAAGGCGUGUGUCAUGAUGGCAUCGUAUCAACAUGUGGGCCCUGAUAUGUUGAGCCAAACGUUCAGUAAACAGAUCAUGUCGCAUUUGAAAAGAAGAUUACCGCGAUAUAAGCAGCAGCAAAAGAAGUAUGCCAAUGGACAGAUACCAGUGGCGGAGGGAGAUAUUGAUGUGGAAUCAGAUGAAUUUCAUAUCUUGGAUUCAGGGGCGUGUGGUUCGUUUAUUCAUGGUUUAGAAGACGAGUUUCAGGAAGUGAGAAACGCAGCCAUUGAUUCUAUUUGUGAGUUGUGCAUGUAUAAUGAGCAGUUGACCAAGAAAGCGGUAGAGUUUCUCGUUGAUAUGUUUAACGAUGAUAUCGAUAAGAUCCGACUCAAUGCGAUUCAGAGUUUGCGUAAGAUUGGAACCAAAUCAACACUUGAAUUUGAUGAGGAGCAGUUGGAGAUUGCAGUGGGCGCGUUAGAAGACAGUGAUCCAUUAGCAAGACAAGCGACACACGAACUCUUCACUGUUGUGCGAUUGACGGUGCCCAUAUCGCUGACAACACUUUUAGAUGCACUUGAAGCCAACACCAAACGCUAUCCAAUGGAUGUCUUGUCGAUUUACCGAUGUUUGAGAGAUGUCGGGAAACGGCAUGAUGAUUAUGUGGAAACACUGGUACCUGAUCUACUGAGAUUGGAUAAACGAUACCUGCCAAAAGAAGCCAAUGUGGAGGAUACCAUGUAUACAGCCUAUGUCAUCUUGAUUGUCAAUGCGUGCUCGUCCAAUGUCAAGAUGCUUCACCAUCUACCGAAAUACAUCUUUCGGCACUUUGCUUAUUUCAAGAGCAAAUACCCAGAUUGCAUACCCGAUUUACGAAAACUAUACAAGAUUACCGGUAUUAAGCUAGAAGGUGAUGUGGAUUGUUUACCCAUGACAUUUAGUGCCUCAGCAAAGAAAUUAGUAGCAGAUGAUGCAGAAGGUUACAUGACGGCCACCAUCGACAUGUUGCAAGUGAUUAAAACUCAAGUUGAACGCAAUGAAUUAUCAACAGCACUGCUCACCAUCGAUGUAGCCAUUCGAAAUUUCAAAUACAUUACCAGUUUAAAGCCACUGCUCGUCGGCAAAUCUGAAUUGGCACAACUUUAUUUGCAAUGCUACCAAAUUGUGAUUAAAGUGAAACAGAGCCAUUCUUCACCAACCUAUGCUUCCACUGCUCAACUCGCUGCCGCAUCACUCCUGAAGCAUUCGUACACCAUACAGCAUACGUACUUGGGCCUGUCCAAGGACACACUGCAUGCUGCCAUGUAUUUCCGUAUCCUGGCAAACAUGAUUUGGAUAUUUGGGAUACUGAAGCAACUGCCAAUUUCAAACAACAAUUCAUUUAGUGUCAAAAACAUGCUUUUAGCAUUUCGCCAGCGAGCCAAACUUAUUCAGCAGGAAUUCAACUUUGAAGAUGAUGCAAUUCUGAGUCAACUGCAGCAAGAUUUAUCGUCAGCAAUAGAAUCGCCCACGACCACCAAAAUGACGCUAUUACAUUCAUUCAUCACAUCAUUUGUACCUUUAGAUAUAUGCCUCAAUAACCCUGUCAAACGGACAACCGCAGAAAUCAUUUUACCGCAAUCAAAUCCAGAUAAGCCAUUCAAGUUUGCAUCGAAAUACCCUGUUAAACUGCAUUUGGAAGUAGAUGUCUUUAAUUGUAGCGACACGAGUCAGUUGGCCAUUGAAUUCAUCUUGCCUGAUCAAUCGACAUUCAUGUUCUGGCCCGCUCCGGGCCAUUUCAAACAAACGACGCCCUACUGCUUCAAAUUGGCAACAAACGUAGAGCUGAAUCUAUCACCAUGGACAGAGCCUGGUGUAGUCAUUGUUCGCAUUGUGCAAUCGUUUGAACCUGAUUUGGCUGGAUUGGACGACUAUAUCAUCACGUAUCCCAACCAUGCUGCACCUACGAGCAACAACAACAACAAUGCAGACACCAAGAAAACCACAUCGUGUGUCAUUAGUGAACAUCUGAAAUAUCGCUUAUGCCCAACAGCAACAUCCAACAUGAUCAAUAAAAGAUCUUUUUAA